AUGGAAAACUCACCUAAAAAUCUGCCGAGAGAGACAGGAGUGCAAUACACUAGCGUGAAGAACCUAAUUGACAAAAAGGUCGAUUUUCAUUCCAAACCUGCGUUGUCCACUGUUUCUUCAUACCAGCCGGUUACACCUCCCUCUACUGUGAAAAAAUCAACACAUAAGGAUGAUGUGCUGGAAGCUCCUCAACCGAAAAAACUGCUACCGGCACUGCGAAAGUGCUCUUCAAAGACACGCAAACCACGUUUGAAAUACCGGCCUCAGCCGAAUUCUGUUUUCGAUUUGUCUCUAUACAUCUCUGGAGAACGGCACUCAUCGCAGUGUAGCGAACCUAAUGCACAAUUUUUACGCUACGCUUUGCAACAUAGCAGAAGAACAGUGGUAAUAGCAGGCGCAGGAGUAUCUACAGAUGCUGGGAUUCCUGACUUCCGUUCGUCGAAAGGCCUCUUUUCCACCCUAAAGGGCCCUGGAAUUAGUUCAGGCAAAGACCUUUUCGAUUACAACGUUGUUUACUCUAAUGCAGAAAUGGGCCUUCGAUUCAACCGUCUGAUUACAGACCUGCACGAGAAAUGCCUUGAGGUUACGCCAACCCGGUUCCACCAUUUUCUAAGUUCAAUUGCACGGGAAGGGCGAUUGCGUCGUUUGUACACUCAAAAUAUUGACGCUCUCGAGGAUCAAACUACACAUUUGCAUUCAAAGAUCCCGCUAGAAAAACCCUUUCCUCCUACAAUCCAGCUGCAUGGAAGUAUCAAACACAUGUCCUGCAACAAAUGCUCUAAAAUUUACGGACUUGAUCCAAGCCUUUUCAAGUUGAACGAACACCACGUUGAUCGUGAAGUUGUGCCGCUUUGUCCUCAGUGCUCUGAGUUUGAAGCUGUGCGUGCCAUUGCUGGCUUGCGUUCUCAAGGCGUUGGCAAACUACGGCCACGGGUCGUCCUGUACAACGAAAUCCAUCCCGAGGGUGAGACUAUUAGUAACGUGGUGAUGAAUGAUCUCAAAAACAAACCCGAUUGUUUGAUAAUAGUUGGAACCACGCUCAAAAUCCCAGGCGUACGAUCUAUGUGUAAGCAAUUCGCUCGUAGUGUGCACAACUCCCGGGGUAUUGUGAUUUGGAUCAAUACGGAAUUGCCCGCAAAGACCAUUGAGGACUUUGUUGAAUGCAUCGAUUUGAUUGUUGUAGGUGAUUGCCAGAGGAUCCUAGAACUCUUGGGAUAG